UCCUGCUGCCCGCAAUAGACAUGGCUACCUUCUUUGGGGAGGUUGUAUCUGUGUUCUCCAGGGCUGUGGAGGAAGACGAGGAAGAGGAGGAUGAGGAAGAAGAAAGAGAAGAAGACUUGGAUGAAGAGGACAAGGAGAUCAGGAGGGAAUUAGCAAAGAAAAGGGAAGUGAACCUCACGUGGAGCUGUGAGACUGGCGCGGCCAUGGAGAAGUCUGACGACCAUACACUACCCUGCUCCAGCCUGAUCCUAGGUGUCGGGGACAACGCCACAGGGUUUCUGUCCACUUAUAUCCUGAGCUCUGGGAGCUGGGAGGUCGCCGGCCAUAUCAAAUUAUGGAAUGAGCGAUGUCGAGACCACACUGUCAGAAGUGAUGCAACAGCUUCUCCAUCAUCCUGUGUCUUCUACCGAUCAGUCACUGAUCCCUCCGUGAUGCUCUGUCUCUGUAAGUCCUAUGUGGCGGAAGAUCAGCAGUUCCAGUGGUGCGAGAAGGUUUUCCGCUGUCUACAGACGUCCGGUCUCAAGGUGACCAUCCUCUCCACAUGUCCAGUGACGGACUAUAAAACCGCAGAAUCCACACACAAUCUGCCGGUCCCAUUUCUGAAAGUGGUGACAACGCAGCAGUACUCGGACCGCACCCCGUGCAGCUACCUGGAGCAGCCGAAUAUCGUGGACGGGCUGCCUGCAGCAGUGAUGUCGUAUUGUCAGGUGUGGGGGAUCCCUGCCGCGUUCUACCGGUGCUACACGGAUAUCGCCCAACUGGACACGGUCACGAUUGAAGCGUUUCGCCCCGUGUUGUCCUGUCAGAACAUGAGUCGCCUGGCUGCGAAAUCUGAAAAAAUUGAAGAAACUCUGAAGAAAACGGUGACGACCAUUGAAGUCCAAAGCAACCUGUACACAUAGGUUUGAUGUUCCCACCCAGAUGUUUCACUGAUGGAACUUGUGAGGGACUAAUAGACUACAACAGAAAA